UCAGCGCGCCACGUGGCCAGCUCUCCUGCUGCUCUCCAUGUCACUGAAAAUGCAGACACAUACACACACAUAUCAUAUAUAUACGUCACAUACAUUGGAUAUGCACCAAGAGACACAUCUUGGCCCUUACGUGACGAAAUGCAGGAUUGCGAGAAAGAACAGGGGGUCGAUGCCCGUCAGCACAUAGCUCAGGUGUUGGUCAUAAGUGAGCGUCAGAGACAGUGUAGAGCCAUCGAAAUACGCCUCUGCGAGGUCCGACUCGCUGAAUGACCCCACCUGCCUCCAGCUGUGCCGCGCACUGGCCAACGAAGUGGCCCACUCAUGAACGCGCAGACAGGCACCUGCAUGAAGCGGACAUGUAGAGAGUUGGGGUGUGGAUGUACGAAGUGGUUCCGCCCAUUUAGUACUUACUUGCAUCGUAUUCGUGAAGGACGUAGAAGAGGGGCCGCUUGGAGACCGGCACAUCGGUGCCGUUGCGAUACAUAGCAGUCAUCACCCACACACCUUGAGACAACAGACACAAGGGACACAUCGCCCUCCCUCCCUCCCGCCCUCCUGUCUACGAGUCUUCUUCGCUUGCUCACCCUGACACGCAGCGGCAUACGCCGCAUUGACGUCCUCCCAUGUGCACCUCUCAUAGGCCGCCAGCCCCCGGCCCCCCACAAUGCUCGCCAGGCCUCUCACCAACAUGCGAUCUUCCCUCGAUGCAUCGGCGGGAGGCGCUCUGAUGAGAGGUGGCAGCGACUCAGGAGGUGUUUGUCGUUCCGAGGGCCUUGGCCAGCUAUACCACCCACUGCUCCUUCCACCCCGCGUCUCAACCCUCGACUGUUCUCCAAAGUCACCUUCGUCGCGACGAGGCUGUUGGAUUCCCUUUCUCGCUCGACGGUCUUCCGGUGAGCCGUUGUGGUCACUGCCUGGGUCAAGAGGGGGAGGGGCGGGUGGAGGGGGGAGCAGGGGAACG